ACUGUAACCAAUCGGUCAACUAUAAAAAUGGCUGGCGAGUACCCGCUGGAAAACGUGAUUCUUGCCACUGAUUCGUACAAGGUAACACAUCAUCUACAAUAUCCUCCAGGAACCACAACAGUCUACUCUUACUUUGAGAGUCGAGGAGGAACAUUUCCAUAUACUGUGUUCUUCGGGUUACAGUAUAUCCUGAAGAGGUGGCUAGUUGGACCUGUGAUCACAGAGAGUAAGAUUCAGGAAGCUAAAGAAAUCUGCCAGAUCCAUUUUAGACAGAAUAUAUUCAAUGAAGAAGGAUGGAGACAUAUUUUGAAGGAGCAUGGAGGACAUCUUCCACUACGAAUCAAAGCAGUGCCAGAAGGCUCUGUCAUCCCUACACGUAAUGUCCUUUUUACUGUUGAAAAUACUGAUCCUAUGGUUCCUUGGCUAACAAACUGGUUUGAGACUCUCCUCGUUCAAACGUGGUAUCCCAUCACUGUAGCCACAAACUCAAGAUAUCAGAAAGAACUGCUUGCAAAGUACCUGAUUGACACAGCAGAUACCUUAAACACACUCCAUAUGAAACUCCACGAUUUUGGUUUUCGUGGAUGCUCUUCUGUAGAGACAGCUGCCAUAGGAGGUGGUGCUCACUUGGUGAACUUUAAAUCAACAGAUACGAUAGCUGGUUUACUGUUUGCUAGGAAGUACUAUGGGUGUAACAUGGCUGGGUUUUCCAUUCCUGCCACAGAACACAGUACCAUGACCACAUGGGGAAAGUCUAGGGAAGAUGAAGCUUGUCGUAACAUGCUGAACCACUUUCCAUCAGGAACUAUUGCUGUGGUAAGUGACAGCUACGAUGUGUUUAACUGUUGUCAAAACAUCUGGGGUACAGAGUUAAAGGCUGCUGUGGAGGCCCGGGGAGAGAAAGGAGGUGUGCUCGUUAUUAGGCCAGACUCUGGGGAUCCAGCCACGGUAGUGUUAAAAGUUUUAGAAAUUUUAGGCAAGCAAUUUGGGACAACAAAAAACAGAAAAGGUUAUAAGGUUCUUCCACCCUACCUUCGGUUAAUUCAAGGAGAUGGCAUCAGCUACAAAUCUCUUGGACCAAUACUACAAAAGUUGAAGGAAUACCAGUGGAGCACGGACAAUGUAACUUUUGGGAGUGGUGGUGCCCUCCUUCAAAGGCUAGACCGAGAUACACUUAAGUGUGCUUUUAAAUGCAGCUUUGCCAUAGUGAAUGGAGAAAAGCUAAAUGUGUUUAAGAAACCGAUUACUGACUCUGGGAAGCAUUCCAAGAAAGGUCGCCUUUCUUUAGAAAAGCAGGGAAAUACAUACGUAACAGUUGAAGAAGGGAAUGGUAAUCCAGUGAAGGACAUCUUGGUAACUGUGUUUGAAAAUGGCAAGUUGAUCCGGGAGUAUACGUUUGAUGAAAUAAGAAGGAAUGCUGAGUUAGAAAUGCUAAAAAAUAACAAAAGGACAUAGUAAUGGCAGCAUUUCAUGGUUAUUGUCAUUUUGUAGGUUAAUUUGUAGUGAUAUCAUUUUGUAGUAGUAUAGGUUUGUGAGUUUUUAUUUAAGAACGUGUGUUAUUAUUAAAAUUUUACCUGUUGUGCCUCUUGUGUGUUCUUAAGGAUUUGGAAUUUUCAGGCAAGUGUUUAGAUGUAAUGUAAUUGACUUUCUACACCUUUGUUUGCCAGAACAUUGUUUGAAGAAGUGGAAACAUUCCUAUAGAAGAUUUUAGAAGAAAGUGGAAAACUAUAAAUCUUUUAUGGCAUAACUUUGUUUAUUGCCUUUAUUUGAAAUCUGAUUUAAAUUUGAAAAAUAACAUUUAUUUGAAGAGGAAAAACCUUUGUUAGUCAUGAAACGAAAUGUAGAACAUGAUUUAUUAAUUGACAAAUAUUUAAUUUGCUAAUCUACCAUAGGAAGAGCUAUCACUAAAUCUUGCAUGAGUGUGCCACUUUGUAGAAAAAUGUUAUUCUUGACAAAAGAUAAAAAUAUUAUAUGAGAGAUACAAAGAAUAAAUAUCAAAUUGGUCUGUUUCCAAAAUUUGGAGUUAUGAAAAAAAGCUUUCCUUAAUACUUAGUAUCCUAGUAAAAUUUAAAUAGUUUGUAAAAGCUUUGGUGAAGAAGUUGCUUUAGAAUUAGUGAGUUUUUUGUACAAAGACAGUCUCAGAACUAAGUGCGAGACACUGUAUUCAAUUUGAAAAUGAUACUUUUGAAUGAACACUGGCUUGUUACAGAUAGGUAUUUUACUUAUGGGAAGAAAUGCUUAGGAAAAAAUUUGUUUUGAAAAAUUAUUUGGACCAAUCUGUGAUUUUAUACAAACUUCAUUAGAUAAAUGAUGAUUUCAAUAUUAAUUUGAUACAAAACAAUAUAUACAUAUGUUACCUUAAUGUCAAAAUCUUUUGUUUGGUGUUUUACUAGUUCAUAACAAUUGAUUGAAAAUUACUUGAUAUAGUGUGGCCUGAUUUGUAGUAUACAUUAUGACAGUCAUAAACUAGUGAGAAAACUAUAAGUAACUGAGAUUUUUUCAAUAAAUAAAAUGUUUUUUCAGGUCCAAUAAAUACUCAAGUUUUAACAAAUGUAAAUUAAAAUAAUUUGUUGUUUCUGGCAAUUGAAUCUGUAGAAUUGUUUUUUUUUGAAUUCAUCAUUAAAGUAGUACCAAAGAUUUAGUGUAAUCACAAGAAUCAGUGUUAUUUUCUUAAUUUAUCUUUUUACUAUUUAUCUGAUUCUUGACUAUGUCCAUCUCAGUCUUGGUACUAGAAUCAAGAAAGUAGUAGUCAUCAAUUUUCAUAUAGUUGUCCAAUGUUAAAGAAAUUGUGAUAUUUACAGUAAAAUAUACCAUUAUCACUGAUAUUGACGUUUAAAAAGGAACGUUAGAUACAUACAGCAUGUGUGUACUGUUGUUGUUUCCAAAGAAUAUUUUUAGUGGUGAUAAAAUUUUAUUCAUUUAAUAAAACUUUUAUUAAAAUUGUUGUAUCUCCUUUAGAAGUAUUUUUGAGUUGUUAUACUCAUAAAGUUAUUGUUUAACAAAGCACAGAAGAAGUAUCAUUGUUAGCUUUGAUUGAACUUUACAACAGACAAAAAUCUUAAUAUUUGGCUGCUGUUAUCUUCUAGUCUGUCACUUUCAUCAAGUUCUGUGUGAUUUGUUU